AUGCCCGGCCUAAUCCAGCUGAUUAACGCGCUAAAUGCGUACAUUCGAAUGGCGUGGGCGGUGAUCUGGACGGCCAUGUGGGCUGUUUUCUUAUACGAGUUCUAUUUGAUUAUCGACAAGUUUCUGCAGUACCCCGCCUCGGUGACAAUUUCGUUGGGCUACAAGGGAAGGGUAAGUUUUCUGUGGAAGAUUCCAAAUUAUUUUGUAAAAUGCUGAAGUUUUACGAUUUAGGCUUUCCCCAUGGUCACAAUUUGCAACCAAAAUCCGUUGAGAUAUCAGAUAGUACAGAAGAAUUCGACGUAUUCCGAACUAAAUAAUAUUAUGACCACUUACAAGCAGUUGGUUCAGAGUAACUAUGACAAUAUUAGCGGGAAUCCGUAUGGAGUCAAUGUGAGUUUUCAAAAAAAAAAAAAAAAAAAAAAAUCAAAAUGACAAGGAAUUAUCAGUUACUGUAUUUUUGAUGAUUAAUGUCGUUUGAUGAAACUUGGCCCAAGUAAUAAAGCUUGGCCCAAAAAAGCCUCAAACUUUUUUCUAGGGAGGCGCGAAAUUUUUAGCAAAAGCUCUGCGCAAAAAAAGCCUACAUUUUUAGUCCGAAAGCUGGUUAAAUUUGGAACUUUCUUUGCAAUUUGCUAUGUAAGAAAUAUUUCAGCCUUAAUUAUAGCGGAGAAAGAAGUACUUUCCUUUUACAAGGAAAGUACUUCUAUGGGUUGUGGAGUUACAGGUCGAGAUAUAUAUCAAAAAAUUCGCAAAAAUUUUCUGAUUCAGAAUAUAUAAAAACUAGCUGCCUAAUUUUGGUCUAUCAACGAGUUUUAUCAAUAAAUGUAUUUCUCGAGGAAAAAAAUCUGCGGCAACAAAAGCGCGCUCGGUCUAUUCCUUCGGAAGAGAGCGGUGUGGCCGAGUGGUUAGAGCGCUAGAUUGGAAAUCCGAAGGGAGCGGGUUCGAUCCGUUUUGCCACACUAGAACCCAUUUUUUACAUUGGAACUACUUCUAAGGUGUAGUUUUAAUCUAAUUUGAUAUUUUAAGGCUUGUCAAGGCCUCAGAAUUUAUUUUAGCACAAGACAAAAAUUUUUUAUUGGUAAAAACACGGUCAAAAAGACACUUGCAUGGUGUCGCGAGAAAACUUCUGAGGACAAAAACAUGUCAUCAGACCAAAAUUAGGCAGCUAAUUGUUAUAUAUUCUGAAUCAGAAAAUUUUUGCGAAUUUUUUGAAUAUCUCGACCUGUAACUCCACACCCCAUAGAAGUACUUUCCUUGUAAAGAAAAACUGAGCCUUGCACUUUGAACACUUGUUUCUUCAAACAGUUCCUAGCAAAGCCCCGUUUCAGGACUACGAAAGUCGUUUUACAAAAACCGCUGUUCUGCAACAAGCCCAAGUGCUGGCUUUGAACGAUUUGACAAGUGACGAAAUUAAAGCCGCCUCCUACACUCUGGACAACUUCAUUUUGGCCUGGUACUUCAACAACGCGAAAGUAAAUGCUUCAUUCUUCAACGAGUUUAUCGAUCCCACUUUUGGCUUGUGUUAUCAAUUCAAUUCGAAUAACACAGGGACCACGUUGGUGACUAACCGAGCUGGCAGCUAUUUUGGGCUGAGAUCAUUGGCGCUGGUUAAUGUAAGAUAACCCUUUAGCUAUUUUGCUGUAAAACUUGGCUAAGAAAGUUCUAUGAGAAUUUUUCAGCAAAGAUCUCCUGAUGGAACACUGCAAUACUUGCCAACGACAAUCGCGGCCGGUCUGAAAGUCGGGAUAAAUUAUCAAAAUGAAGACCCGGCCAUGGAGAACUACGCAAUCAAUAUUGGCGUAGGAACUGAGACCAUGAUUUCGUUGGAGUUGGUAAGGCCUUUACCAUGAAAAUUCUCGAGGGUUGACACAUAGAAUUUAAUGAUUCUGGUAGAGCAACACAACCAAGAGAUGAUUCAAGCCAAAAAAACCAAAUUUCAGACUGAGGUGAACCGAGCAAGUCACCCUUACGGAGACUGCAGCGACGAUGAGACCCUCAACUAUUACACUAGUUUCAACUACACCCUAACCUAUUGUUUCCGGUCUUGCAUUCAAAGAAGAACUAUUAGUGCUUGCGGCUGCGCCAAUCCGGUCUACGCGAAGCCGGACAAUGCCAGCUACUGCACUUUGGAUGACUUGUCUUGUGUGUUUCUACAGAAGACGGCUCAACAAGACGGCAGCAACUUUAGUGUGGCCAGCGAAUGUGGCUGUAAUCCGUCUUGCAGCGACACGAAUUUUGAUAUAAUUGUGUCGGUGGGGAAAUCGCCAUCGUUGGAUUAUGCGCCAUUGGUGGAUGUGAAUCCGGUAGGUUGAAUGUUGAACAUUCCGAAUAAAAAAUUAAGUAUAGGAAAGGUAAAAUACGGUGCUCCAACAAAAUUCCCCAUAAUGGCAGCAUAUAUACAGGGUGUACCAAAAAAAUGGAAACUUUUUUUCAUGGGUCCUGACGCGAAAAUGGUUAGGUGUAGCCAAAGAAGUUUAUUACUAAAAAAUUCUCUGUGUUUUUCUGUCCUAGUGGUUUGAUUUUUAUGCCCAUAUCGAUUAAUCGACCUGUUUUUCUGAACUUCAAACGAAGGGACCUCGAUUUUGGACUUGUUUUUGGAGCUGUUCGAACAGUUAAUUUUCUAGGUAUAGAAAGAACGUUGCGUCGAAAGUAAUCACGAGGCCCAAGGAGCUUGAUACGGAUAGUAAGCGCCCAGGAAGUGAAAGAAAACGCACCGCCAGCGCUUCUUUCAACCGGAAGAUCCCCAACAGCAAAAUCCGCGAUUUUCAAGAAAAACUUUCCCUUGAGACUGACAUCAGCGACCGAUCAGUCGGCCGAAUAGCCAAAGACGAGAUCAAUCUCAUGUCAUACAAGCUCUAAAAAGUUCAGAUCUUUAAAGUCGAGAGAAAGUGCGUACGGCACAAAAAUGUCGGAAAGUCAAAGGGGCGGGCCGCAGCUCCGAGACGUGAGCGCAUUCAGUUCGCGGUUCAAUAUUUGGCGGAUACACAACCACCAGAACGAUAGAAUCUGCUUCAAUGAAGCUCCUAGCCUGUUGGCCAUCGUCGAAUACCGCCAAAUUCCGGGCCGUCAUUGCUUAAGGCGGAAUUUGUGCCAGCGGCAAGAAAUCCAUGUUUUUCGUGAAUCAAUGGGGCAAAAUACUAGCGCCGCGUUAAUUUCUAUUUUGUCGUGCUUCCGUCAGCUCAGCAGAACCUUGGCAAUGCAAACUUGGCGUUCCAACAGGACUCAGCGCCGGCUCACAGGGCAAAAUCGACUCAGGACCCGAAAUGGGACCGAUUUUCCCGAUUUUAACCCGUCUGCGAAAUGGCCGCCUGCUCGCCGGAUCUGAAUCCAAUGGACUAUAUUUUUUUUUAAGUAGAAGGCCAGCACCCGUACUAUGCUCCACAAAAGUUUGGGGUCGCAAAGUAAAUGCUGCGCCAAGAACGGGGCCGAUUUCCCCCUUAAAAAGCUGCGGCCCGGAGCCCAAAAUUUUACGUCACGUUUGGAGCUCUAUAUCGCCACCAAAGGCAGCCACUGUGAAACAGGUUGAACAUGUUAUAAACAAUGCUCUAUGUUACCAAUAAUAACCGUUACUUUUGCUGAAUUUUGAUUCUCCGAAAAAAUAUAGCUAUAAAAACAAGUUUCCAUUUUUUUGGUACACCCUGUAUAUAUACAGGGUGUUUCAAGAAAUUUGGAACAAAUGAUUUGCUUAUAUCUUUGUGUUCUUUGCAGCUAUCAACGAAUUUCUUUUUGCUUCUAAAAAUUGACAGCGUGCGUUUUUAGAAUCUCAAAAAAAAUUUUUUUCGUCGGCGGAGGGCCCAUUUCUCGGCGGAGAAAAUUAGGGCCUUUUUUAAAAAUCACAGCGUAUUACGUGGCGGAAACGCCGUUGCAACGGCUGAAACCAAGUUUACGUAAUACCUCCAUCGAUUUUACGGUAUGCUUUUUUUGCGUUUUCGAUUUUACGCACUUUUGCGGAUGCGCGGCGGAGACCUCAGAUUUCGGCGGACGUUGUUUUGCGCCUUUGGCUAUUGCAAUUCAUGUUGGAAAAGAGGUUGGGGUGAUUUUUUGUUGUCAUCCAAUGCACAGAUGGCAAAAAUUUCGUGCUUUUUAUUCCCGGCGGAGGAGUCGGCGGAGGCUUUAUCAAAGGGUAAAAACAAAACUCCGCCGAUUUGUCCGCCGGACCAAAAAAAUCAAAAAUCUUUGAAAGACAAUGCUGAUCUGAUGGAUUCUUGUAGCUGAGAUUUUUCCCGGACUCGUAAGACAGCUUUGACCCUUUGAUAAAGCCUCCGCCGAAUCCUCCGCCGGGGAAAAAAGCACGAAAUUUUUGCCAUCUGUGCAUCGGAUGACAACAAAAAAUCACCCCAACUUCUUUUCCAACAUGAAUUGCAACAGCCGAAGGCCCAAAACAACGUCCGCCGAAAUCUGAAGUCUCCGCCGCGCCUCCGCGGUGCGCGUAAAAUCGAAAACAAAAAAAUGCAUACCGUAAAAUCGACGGAGGUGUAACGUAAACUUGAUUUCAGCCGUUGCAACGGCGUUUCCGCCACGUAAUACGCUGUGAUUUUUAAAAAAGGCCCUAAUUUUCUCCGCCGAUAAAUGGGCACUCCGCCGACGAAACAAAUUUUUUUUUGAGAUUCUAAAAACGCACGCUGUCAAUUUUUAGAAGCAAAAAGAAAUUCGUUGAUAGCUGCAAAGAACACAAAGAUAUAAGCAAAUCAUUUGUUCCAAAUUUCUUGAAACACCCUGUAUAUAUACACAUAUCAUUUAUGACAUUGCCUUUCCUUUUCAGCGCUACUCCUGCGGCGUCAAUUCAACCCUCUUCGCAAAUGAGCAGGCCUGCGUGAAAUGGUUUGAAAGUAACUCUGCAGUCAUCAAUAUUUGGUAUGACGGUCUUGACUACACUCUUCAAGCAGAAGGCUCUUCAUACUCACUCAGUACGGCUUCCAAUGAUCUUGGAGGUCAAGCCGGAUUAUGGGUCGGGAUCUCACUGGUCAGUGUGAUCGAAGGGGUCGUGUUUAUCAUAUUCAUCUUCCUCUACUUUUGCUUUGGCCGCAAAUAUACGGAUGUAGAGAUUACCGACGACAUCCGUGGAGCGGACAGCCGAUAUUUGGUAGGGAAACGGAAAUAUUUGAAAAUUUAAAUAUGUUGAACAUUUUCUAGAUUAUGAAAGGAUUCAAAGAGGAACUGGAUACCCAGGAAAUCAUGGACGAAGAGAUUGCAAUUCGUUACAGAGCCUUUAAAAUGAGAGAUGAACUGAAGAGACAGGAGAAGAUUGCGGAAGGCGAGAGACUCAACGCACUCGCCGUGGCCAAAGCGAAGCAGCAGAAGAAAGAUCCGGGCCUUGUACAGAGAAUGCUGGGACAAGGACAGUGA